AUGGCGAAAAGGACAAUGAGAGAAUCCAAAAUUAUUUACCAUCUUCAAAAUUCUGAGAGUAACCAAGAUGAAUUUGUAGAUUUUUCAACUCGAGUUCGCCAUGGUGAAGAUUUGACCCUAGCAGAUUUCAAAACCAUUACCAGGCGGUUUUAUUACCGAUAUUAUUUCUUAUCCAUUGAUACCGAAUUCGGAUUGAUUAAAACAGCGAUUGAAUCCAACCAUGAAAGUUUACCAUCAUUUAAUGGAAUAAUCGAGGCCUGGUUAUUUGAAGAUGAACGCAAACAAAAUAACAAGAUAUUUACAGAUAAACUCAACUCGCUCAGUUUGCUUUCAAAGAAGACGCCAUCUUGGAAACGUCUGCUGGACCUUAUAGAAGAUUUCGAGGCGACGCAUCAGAGAAAAAACCAAAGAUACAGCGCACUAGAGUUGUCUACAAGCAGUUUAAAUGAUCCUGAAAGAGCAAUGAAGCAAAAUGGGACACAGGGAUAUCUCGAAACGUCGUUCUUCACUGCAGAACCAGUUGAAAUCGCCAGAGGAAAUUACUCGACGACAAGUACGGGUAGAAAACUGUAUCCAAUAUCGUCAUCGCCUAUAAGGAAUUCCAGUAACCAUGGUAAUAUAGAAUUUUCCCCGGAGCAAUCAUCCGCUUUUCCAAAAGUGAAUCUUUUUGGCACUGAAUCCGGGGAAAAUGAUCAAAAGUCGACUUUAAAUGAUUCGGAACAGAAACGUAAUGAAGUCCUGCUGCAGUUGGUUGGUGCCCAGGACGAGGGUAUCGGGAGAAUGGGAAAGAGGCAGGGUCAUAAAGCAGCCGUUCUGCGCAGUGUUGACGAUUCGCAUGGCAUCUUCAUAGGGAUUUGUAAGCAAAGUUCUACAGAUGACAUGAAGAGAAUCCAAGAAACAUGUCAGCUCGAUCUGCACGAUUCACCAUCUGGAAGUUAUGUCGAUCUAGCACCGCCUUCCGGACAAAACACUUCCAAAGAGGAAACAAAAUCUGACUUGAUAAAAUGCGAUGUGAAAUAUUUUCAUCCUAGCAAUCAGAAUAUUUCCGGUGACGAACCAAAUGGCGGAGAGCCUCAUAACAAUACCAAAGAAAGUAGCGGAAGUGCAGAAAAUAGAUUUCUUGAAAACCAAAGAGAACGACCGAAAGAUACCCACAGGAAGCCUAAAAUUCGACGUCCGUUACAGUACGUAUAUGAACCGGAAGUACUUCACAAUGGUGUUGCAGAAUUAAACGCAGGACGUCAUGGCGUAAUGUCAAGGUUCAGAACCGGGUCGACAGAAACAAGUCCUGUCAAACCGCCGAGGACAUUCGAGUACACCCAACCAGACACAGAACGUAACGAGAAGAAUCCAUUCCGCGAAAUUGGUACACACUCUAUCCCAAUUGGAAAUUUGACAACAAAAUCUAGCGUUUCUGUUGGAAUAGAUGGCUUGGCGAAGCCUAGAAGAAGAGACCAUAAUGGAAGCUACCAGCACGAUCCUUACAGAAUUACUUGCAGUCAUGCAGCGACAAGAGCCUGCUCCACCAUGAUGAAAGAGCAUCAAUUUAUUGACCGCAAAGGAGUUACAUUACCAGACGUAUGUUUGAGUCUUUUCGACAUAAGCAAGAUGAGCAGAGAAAAAUCACAAGGGAUACAUCCGGAACGACCAUCGAACACACCUAAAGCAACACCCAAAAGAACAAAUACACUGGACAAGUAUGGAUACCAAACAUGUCUCCGACAUCGUUCUGUCACGUCGAUCAAGAAUUUAUCAACCCCAGGACACAUUCCUUCGAGUUGCUUGAGCUUGUGUAACUAUAACAUGAAUCUUUCGAGCUCUAGCGUGUGUGGAUCAAGCCGCCAUUUUGUGAACACCGAAAGCAAAGGAAAUGACGCAGAAGUAUUGAUAUCUGUGGAACCGAACGCCGAAAUUUCUGAGCAAAUUGAAAACCUUACCUCAGAUUGUGAAGUUUGUAAGCUCAAUGAUAAAUACGCCGAUGACGUAAUAUCAGAAAGUGUUCUUAGUUUGUAUGAUUUCAAAAUGGCGGACAUUGAAAUUGGCAGCAAGACUAGGCCUACUUCAGCUAGAAAUCUGCACAAGGAUUCAAUGGCAUGUUGUAGAUCCCAGUAA